CUGGGCAGAGGCGCUCCUCACCUCCCAGACGAUGGGCGGCCGGGCAGAGGCACUCCUCACUUCCCAGACGGAGCGGCCGGGCAGAGGCGCUCCUCACUUCCCAGGCAGGGCGGCCAGGCAGAGGUGCUCCUCACAUCCCAGGCAGGGCGGCCAGGCAGAGGCGCUCCUCACUUCCCAGAUGAUGGGCGGCCAGGCAGAGGCACUCCUCACUUCCCAGACGGGGCGGCCGGGCAGAGACGCUCCUCACUUCCCAGACGGGGUGGCCGGGCAGAGGCGCUCCUCACCUCCCAGAUGAUGGGCGGCCGGGCAGAAGCGCUCCUCACAUCCCAGACGGGGCGGCCGGGCAGAGAUGCUCCUCACUUCCCAGACGGGACAGCGGCCGGGCAGAGGUGCUCCUCACUUCCCAGAUGGGGCGGCCGGGCAGAGGUGCUCCUCAGUUCCCAGAUGGGGCGGCCAGGCAGAGGAGCUCCUCACUUCCUAAUAUCUUUGCUUCUGAGUCAGAUGGAUAGCAGGAAAAUGGAAAAACAUCUGGGGGAGAAGCCAGCCCUAAGAAGGGAACCAGAUCAUGAGACAAAAGAAUUGGAAUCCAAGGCCAUGAAGAACUUUUCAGUUGUCAUGGGAUUAGUGGCUAACGAGGUCUUUGGGGGCAUCCCAGUGAUGGCAGAUGAGAGGCUCUUUGUGUGCCUCAACGACUUGGAAGGAGCAAAAUAG